AACGCCGCAGAUCGUGUCAUAAGUUUAUUAUAAACAAGAAUUAUAGUGUGGAUAUCAUAUCAUUACAGUCUUGGUAUAUAGAUGGUCAAUUGACUAAAGAUGACCGAACCAAACAGUCAAGCAACGACUCCCUCACGGCCACGGAGGCGGCCUCCACCAAUUACUGCGGUGUCUGCUCCAGUGAUUUUAAGUCCUUCAAACCCUACCAAUAAUUAUUCAAAUGAAGAUCAAAUCAUCAUCACUCCCUAUACUACUCCAUCAAGGAUUCCUCCUGACAAUGAAAGUUCAUAUUUCGAGACGUCCACGUAUAAUGAAAGUCCAAGACUUAGUGGACCACGAGAGUUGUCAGAUUAUGAUUUGAAUAGUACCUUAACUCGUGCGGAAAGUACUCCCACCACUUAUACCAAGGAUUACUUUUUAAAUAGACGACGACUGUAUCAACAAAUGUCAAGAUCUCCUACACUCCCAGCCACGUUGAAUACCAGUCCAAAUAGAUCUCCUACACAAGAACCAUCGUCAACUACCCCCGUACUUCAUAUAGAUACGAAUUCUAAUAUGUACCUUCUGGGAGUAUCACCAAGUCCUAAUCGUGAAUAUUCAUUACGUAGUAGAUCCAUAAGUCCUACUAAAUCAUCUUCUCCUGUACAUUCGUAUCCACCAGAACAUGAUUCAUUCAUGAGAGAUGGUCAUUCACCCACCUUUAAUUAUGAUGAUGACGAUGUUGAAUUGGAAAUUGAAUAUGUAAAUAAACAGAUUGAAGCAUUGCACAAUUAUACUCAAUAUAUUUCAGGUAAAGAUGUGCUACCAACACUACCUCCUUUCGAAUAUGGGAAAAGUGAUUCAAUGUAUCCUGUAAUCCAAGCUCAAACACCGCCCGAAGAUGUGUUAGAUCAGAAACUAAAGAGUGGUAAACUACCACCAGUACCGAAACAAUUCGAUCACAGGUCAGAUUAUCAAGCCAAGUCAUGGAACGAGAGUCAUUUUAAACAAUGUGAGAAUAUUGAAUCGUUAACGUCGAUAUAUAAUUGGUGUUUGAAACUAAGAGAGUGGCUGUCCGGAUCAGAUAUGUCACUGUUUUCAUUUAAAAUGUCUAUUUUCAAACUAUUGGCUUUCAAUUAUAACUUUGAAUUUUAUUACAAUUUGAAAUGUACGGAUGAUAUAACUGAAGCUUUAUGUACAUAUAAAUGCAUUCAAUAUGUUUCCUAUGAAACUCCAAAUCUGCAUAUUCGGAUUUUGGAUGGGGGUGUUAUUCCUAGUAGAAAUGAUACUUUUUAUUAUAGAGAAGAAGGGAUAAAAACGGUCUUUGACAAAGAAUACACAGACAAACUUGACGAAAAUUUAGAUAUUGACAAGUUUGUUAAAACCAAAUGGAAUGCAAAGUUGCCAAAUCCAGUUAAGGAAGUUAAUGUGAUAGCAGAGAUUAUUGCUCUGGAAAUAUCAUUUAGAUCUAAUGCGAAUCUUUAUGUGAAAGUAUUAGCUCCAGAGCUUGCAUCUUUAGUUGUCAAGGAAUGUCAAGACUUCAAUUUUGAAACGAAUGUAUCGAGAUGGGCUGAACAAAUUAUUCAAGUUCAUGAGAGAUUCUUAUUAAGACCUUUAUUGGAUAUCAAAUUAUCAGAAGACGAACCAGAGACCAUAGUAGCUGCCAUUAAGCAGAUGCUAGAUAUAUACUUUGAUUGGUCAGAACAUGUGAAGAAACCACUUAAGGAGCAUUUCUCUCAUUUAAUUGGUAGAGCAUAUUACGUACUGAAAUUUAAGGAUCAAUUAGACAAUAUUCCAAAGAUUAGAGAACUGUCACAAAAUUCUGAAAUGUUAGCUAAUUCGGUAUUUUCAAGGUUUUCAAAGAUUAACUUACAAUUAGAAAAAUUGAAUAUGGAAGGUAUAGAUCUAGAAAGUCUUAAAGUUGCUAUGCGUUGGAUAGAUGAUUUAGGUUAUGAAGUAAAUCUGAAAAUUGAAAGAGGAGGUAAUCGAUUCCAACUUGCAAGAGUUCACAAAUUUUUAAGUUGGGGAUCUCUCAAAAAGAUUGAUCUUGAUUGGAACAGUCCAACACGAAGAUUUAUCUCAGAAGGGUUUGCCGAACUUAAAUGGAACUUUGUUAUGAGAAAGGUCACUAUCAUUGUACUUGAUAAUUUUGUAUUUGUUUUGGAAAAAUCUGAUAAGAAGAAUGAAGGUCUAGUUUUAUUUUAUAUUCCUACCAAGUUUUUAUUAAUAGAGAAGAAAGUUAAUACUGAUCCUAUUCAAUUCAAGUUAAAUUAUUCUGGUAUCAAGAGUUAUACUUUCAUGGCCGGUGAAAACUUCCCAUUUCAAAGUCUUGCUAUUCCUAAACUUUUAUUGUUUGAACGAACAAAUAAUACUUUACCAUAUAAGUUGAACCUUAUAUCAAAUUCAUAUUUUGCUUAUGAUCUAAAUGCUGAUUUGGAAUAUACUCAGCUAUACUCGGAGAUAGAUCCAAUUUACGAAUGCUCUAUUCGUGACAUUCCUCCAGCUAGUUUGGGAAAGUACAAAGAGGGUAUAGUUCUUGGCAAUUUGACUACAUCUCAAAUCAGAUGUCUGAGCUCGUUUGAGUAUAACCAUGAGAAAUAUAUUAUGAUUGGACUGGAUUUGGGAUUAUAUUGCUGCAAAUUAGGUACAACUAAAUGGAAGUUAGUUAUGGAUGGUGAAAGCAUAACUAAAAUAAGAACACUUGAACAGAAGAGUCUUGUGUUUUUCUUGUCUAAGAAAAGAUUGAGAUAUUUCACCUUAGAAAAGUUAAUAGAGAUGUAUGAUAGAAAUAUGAGAAUGAGUAGUGGUAAUUUACUUUCAAGUGGAGAAGUCGACUUUUUUGAACUUGGACAAUAUGAGAAGGAGCAGAUAGUUAUCUAUGGGAAGAGAGAAGGGACCAAAACAUUCUUGAGAACUAAGGUUCCAGUAACCGAACAUGGUGGUAUUUUCAAUGGAUUUAGUUCAAAGGAUCCAUUUUACGAUCCAGGUGAAUGUAAUGGAGUAGCAAUAUUCAGGGAAUUUAUUGCAAUUUAUUCAAAUAAGAAUUUCACUAUCAUGAACUUGAAUCAAUUGGAAGCUAAAUCAGUAAGUGAAAGAAUUAAAAGAUAUAUCGACGGUACCAAUAUUACUGAUGCUAAAACUAGAAUUGGACUUGAUUCUAUUUAUAACGCAUUAUCAUCUUCUGAUGCCAGACCGAUGGGAAUGUUUAGAUUAAAGAGUCUGCAAAAGAAUGAAUUUAUACUUGCAUACCGGAAAUUUGCCGUUUUUGUUAACAAGGAUUUGAAUUUAACUAGAAGUUCCAAGUUGGGGUUUGCAUUUGUGGCUGAUUCAGUUGCGUUUAAGAAUGAUCAUUUAAUAUUAGUUUGUAAAGACGUUAUUGAAAUAUGGGCAAUUCGUAAUAAUGGCCGUCCAAUAACCAAGCUUGUUCAAGUUCUUGCCGGCAAGGAUAUUAAGAUGUUAAAUAGUAGCCUGCUUGUGUUUUCAAUGAUAAAUCCUGUAUUACCAAAAUUCAGAUUGAUAUUCCAAUUGACACUUGCAACCAAAUAGACGUUUAUAUAGAGUGAUAGCAUAACAAUGUAACGAUAUCUAAUUAUGUU